UUGCUUUGCGCUCCUGCAGAGACUAGGCAUGCCCUUUUGUGACGAGGUCCUGCCACAACACAGACGACUCUCACAUCAGGGCUGAAAGACACCAAGAAAAGAGUAACUUAAACCCAUUCUUCUGGCUAAAAUGUGUGGGUGUUGGGAAACUCUGUAACUUCCAUAUUAAAUAGAACGUCAAGUAUUUUUCAAUCGAGGUUUUCUACUGUAAAACAUCCUCGAGAGCGUACACGAGCGCUUGUCUCUGGCAGAGUGCGAGAAAGUUCGUGCUGUUUGGGAAAUCGUUGGAGAUUGCUGUAUUUUCACGGAGAAAUUGUUUUUAAUCGAGGGGAUCUUAGACAUGGCUAUUAAUUCAGGAUUACAACGCCCCUUACAUACGUACUGAAGAGGAGGAGAAAGUAAAAUUGGACAGAGUUCAGAAUCAUAAAGUUCAUUCUUUCGCGGAUAAUGCCGAUGGACAGACUCAUAGACAUGGAGGAGAAACUACGUAUCUUGGAGGACCUGAACAUGAUAUACAUUCGUCAGAUUGCCCUAAGCUUACAGCCCACACAGAGCUCACACUUCACUGCAUGCUGGUGUUGCCCCAGCCUGGACACCGCACCAAGCAGCCAGCUGGAUGGCGACCUCCAGAAGAAGAUCGACCGGGAGAUUCGGGUCCGGGAGGGCGCCUGCAAGCUGCUGGCAGCGUGCACACAGCGGGAUCAGGCGCUGGAGGCCUCAAAGAGUCUGCAGACCUGCAGCGCCCGCGUGUUGGCCUACAUGUCCGAGCUGCAGCGCAUGAAGGAGGCGCAGGUGCUGCAGAGGGUGGAGCGCAGGUCAUCGGACACCGGCCCGUCGGAUGAGCGAUCGCCGUGUAAGGGCAAAGUCGCCAUCUCAGACCUCCGAAUCCCCCUGAUGUGGAAGGACACAGAAUACUUCAAAAACAAAGGAGAACUACACCGCUGUGCAGUCUUCUGUCUGUUGCAGUUGGGAGGGGAGAUCUUUGACACAGAUAUGGUAAUGGUGGACAGAACCCUCACGGACAUCUGCUUUGACAACACUAUAGUCUUCAGCGAGGCGAUCCCCGGCUUCGAGCUGCGUGUGCAGCUCUACAGUUGCUGCUCGGAGGAGGACGCCAUGGGGGGCAGCACGCCGCGCCGGCUGGCCAGCAAGUUGAGCUCCUCGCUGGGCCGAACCUCGGGCCGGAGGACCCGCGCCGCCCUGGAGCCCGGUAGCCCGUCGGGCGACAGUGCCGGCGCCGCCCCGCUUCUGCUGCCCGCCCCGCCCGUGCCUGGACCCAAGUACCAUCUUCUGGCUCACACCACACUCACACUCGCUCACGUCCAGGACAGCUUCCGCACGCAUGACCUCAACAUUACCGGCAACGAGGAGUGUUCAUACUGGUUGCCACUAUAUGGCAGUGUGUGUUGUCGUGUGGCAGCUCAGCCCUACUGCAUGACCCAGCAGAUGAUGAGUGGCUGUCUACGGGUUAAGCUUGGCGGGGACCCUCAAGGAUGGACAGAUGUCUACGGUGUCCUAAAAGGAACGAAACUCUUCUGUUACCGGCAGCAAGAAGACAUGGAGGCUAAUGUGGAACCGCUAUUAACUAUUGCCAUUAACAAAGAAACGCGCAUACGCGCCGCUGAGAGAGAGCCGCCCAGCAAAGCGCAGAGCAUCUGCAUCAGUAACCGGUACGGCGGUGAGGAGGUCACUCACACGCUAGCGGCCGACAGGCGCGAAGACACGCAGCGCUGGAUGGAGGCCUUCUGGCAGCACUUCUUCGACAUGAGCCAGUGGAAGCAGUGCUGCGACGACCUGAUGAAGAUCGAGCUGCCGUCUCCGCGCAAGCCCGCCCUUGUUCCAGCCAAGCAGGGAUCUCUCUACCACGAGAUGGUUAUUGACACUUCGGACGACAUCAGCACCGUCACAGACAUCCUGACGAGGCGCCUCGAGGAGUUUGACCUGCGGGCUCGGAUCGAGGCCCCACCCCACUGGAUGUCCCUGUUCGAGAAGCAGCCUCCCAGCAGCCCGUCCCUCUCCCCUCGCUGCCCCCCACGCACCUCCGCCCACUCGCCCAGCCCCCACCUGCAUGGGCGGCAGGCCCGCAGCCCCUGCCGCGCGCCGGGCCUGCUCUCCUCCGACGCCAGCCUGACAUCUGACGGCGACAGCCCCCGCAGCGCCAGUCCCCAUUCAGGCCACGCCUGGCCCUGCGACCUCUCCCCUGCCUCCCCCGGCCGCCUACGCCCACGCACCCUCUCCCUGGAUGCCAAGCUGUCCACGCUGCGCACCCGCGCCUAUGCCAGCUCGGCCUGUUCCUGCCAGGGGCCAGUGGCGGAGGGCGCCUCUGCCCGGCCCUCUCAGGUGCCCCUCUCCUGCUCCACCUCCACCUCCACCUCCAGCAACAGCUCCAGCGAGGGGAGCAACAGCCCGGAGUCAGACCUCGCUUUCUCCCGGCAGUCCGGCGCACGCCGGAGCCUGAGGAGCCUGAGAGCCAAACUGGACCCCAGGAACUGGCUCCAGAGUCAGGUGUAGCUCCCCCUCACAAACCUGAGCAUGGGAAACCACAAAAAUAGCAACGGCUCAGAAGCUGUCAAACUCUGGAACGAACUACAGUGCCAGUGGCUGAGGGCAUGCAAGCACCCCCGCUGCUGGGUUUGACUUAGACAGUCUGUUUGAGGACAUCGAUGGAGAAAGGUUUGUGGGAGAUUUCAUUUCACUUGGGUCACCACCAUGAGGCAGUGGCCGAUCAUUUAGACCUAGCUGAGUUGCAUCAUCUGUACAAAAAUAAUCCUGUGAUCCUGGACUUUAAACUGGAGAGCACCAUGCUAAUAGUACAGCCAGUUCCUUCGUCUUCCAAACUCGGCAAAAUCUCUGAAGCAUCAGUUUUCCCUGAACUUAUGUUCCCAUUUUCACACCCUCCGCAUGUGUCGCAUAGCCAGACUGCCAUCUCAUCUAUUUUUCCACAUUGAUGUGACUCAUAUGCCUUCACACAUGUAUAAGUAAACUAACAAAUCCUAAAACAACUAGGAUCGAGAGAUCUGUUACUAAAGACUGAAGUUCAUUUAUCGGCUGGUUCAAAGCUGGUUCCCGGUUAAUCUCCAGUAACCCUUUAGCGACCAGUGUUCCAACAUUGAAUACCAGUGUUCCAACAUUUAAGGAGCUAUUUGUUACUGGCUGGCUGAUGGGGAUAAAAGGUUUUUGAGUCUCAAUGCAACAGGUAUUAAAAUAAAAAAAGCAUGCUACUAUGCAAAAGUGUCUCAAAUCAAAAAAGUUUGCUGGUCCGUAUUUAGUUUAAAAAAUCGGUACAUAUUUCCUUUACUGUUUUCCUUCUGCAUUGUAGGUGUUUCAGUUUUGCACUUUUUAUAAUAUGUUCUAAACUGUUACAUAAUGGGAAAAUUCAAACUUCAUUGGUUAUUUCUGACAUUUCUGACCUUUCCAGAAGAGGUCAAUCUCUAAAA